AUGCUGACCUGUGUGGCAGAGAAUUCUGAGCGGCAGUUGCUCUUCGAGAGAUCAAGCGGCCAACAGGUUCAGUUUGCCAUCCCGCAGAAGAACGGGGAUGUUUAUGCCUUUGGCAAGGCCUUCAACAGCAGUUGGAGGCAUGGUGUGCCGCCGCAGCGCCGCCCCGGCGGCGCAGAGGAGCCGAACCUGACGGUGCAGCUCUGGGGCCAGCGAGGGGUUCAGGUGAAGCUCCCCGUGUCCUUGUCAGGGUCCUUCUCCGAGAUUGUCUUCCAAGAUCCUUCCUCUGCAUCUGAACCGCGCCAGUGUGAGGUCUGUCGUCGCAUGGCCGAGCCCGGUGGUGGGCGGACCGACCUGGAUGGCCAUUGGAGUUGUCAGAAGUGCGUGUUGCGCUGGGAGUUGCUGGGCUGGCGGCCGUGUGCUGCCAAGAUGCCUGGGGAGGUCACGGAUGGCGUGACCCUGAGGAGAGCCCAAGUGGCGCUGGCCAUCCUGGUGGGCCAUCGGACCACCUUGCGCAGAAGGGCCCUCUUCCCAGAUGGAUGGUACGCUCUCCAUGUGGGGCCGCUGGGCGAGUCGGAGGCCUCCGACGACUCGGUUUUCGAGUGGCCGGAGGCGCCUGAAGAGAAGAACCUGCCGCACCAAGCAGUGGUGGGUCUGCUCUGCCUGCAGCGGGAGUCCGCCCGUGUGGCGAUCAGCGGCGACUGGAGGGGUCCGGAGCAGAGGUACAAGAUCACGAAGACCGUGCCCUUGAAGGCCGUGCCAAAGCGGGGGGGUAGCCGGGAGCGGAAACGGAAGAGGUGCAUGGCGACUGGAGCAUUGGUGAACACCACUGGUGAAGCCAUGAAAGAUGACACCGCUUUGUUGUGCAAGGAAGGGAGCAGACGUGGCGCCUUAGGAGUAGGGCGCCCGGAGAGCGUGGAAGCAGAGGCUGACAGCGACUGUUUGCCGUGCCACGGACCCGGGCGGCCGGAGGAGCCCUGGCGCUUGGGUGCGGUGGUGCGACGUAGAGUGCUGGAGCUCGCGGCGGACAUGAAGGUCUUGGAGAAUCCUCAUGUGGAACCCGAUGCAACGUCGCUGGAGCUGGUCAACACCUGGGAGACGAAGUGGUCUUGGAACUGGUGGAGUGGGGAUGAUUGGACCACCGGAGGACCGCUGUUUGGAUCGUACAAGGGCAUGGGCAGAUCUCUAGGGUGUGAGAGAAAUCGAGGUAGGUUGGGGCUCUUGGCAUUGGAAGAACGAGAGCUGGGAGGACGCUGCCCUGCGGAACUGGUAGAAGUGAAUGUUGGAUGGCUUCUGCCCGUGCCAGGGAAACCAGUUGAGCACAGCAAAGCACAGCAGCUCUCGCCGCCGCUGUGGGUUCAAAGUCGCCCAGAAAGUACGCAGUGGGUACCGGGGGUGAACCAGCCGCGACGUUUCGCCCAACAACUGCGGUCCUUCUUCGGCACAUCUGAGUCCUUCGUUGGCACCGCCAGCCCCAAUGCAGGCCCCCAGUGCCGCAUCAGCAUUGCACGCCAGGCCAAGGAAGGGGAUUCACUGCCCUCCGUGGAGAUCGACGAGGGCAAGCCCGGUGAGGCGGUGAACGUCGCCGAGCUCUUCAAAGGCAAAAAGGGCGUGCUCUUUGCGGUGCCGGGUGCCUUCACGCCCACCUGCUCCGAGAAGCACUUGCCCGGCUACAUCGAGCAGGCGGAGGAGCUCAAGGCUGCAGGCGCCGAGGUGGUGGCCUGUGUCUCCGUGAACGACGCCUUUGUGAUGAAAGCCUGGGGUGAGCAGCAAAAGGCCGAGGGCAAGGUGCGCAUGUUGGCGGAUGCCAAGUGCGAGCUCACCAAGGCACUGGACAUGGAGCUGGAUGCGAGCGCCAAGCUGGGCAACAUCAGGUCGGAGAGAUAUGCCAUGAUCAUCGACGAUGGAAAGAUUACCAAGAUUGCCAUGGGCGAGGAUUCGUUCGCGCCGGAGAUCUUGGCCGCCCUCAAGUAG